AUGGAUUCCUUCAGCCAAAACAUUCUCUCCGAGUCUAACAACGGUCUAAGCUUCAGGAAAAUUCAGAAAUUUCAAAAGAAGCAGCGAAAAUACGCGCGAUUCAACACCAUGAUCAUCCCAGCGGAGUAUCGGAGCGAUGCGGCGGCGAAAUCGUCGAUGGAGAGGAAAAUUUGGAGAUUUUACAUUUAUCAGAUCAUUUUUCGGACUAUGGUUGACUUUGGCUUUUUGACUGUUCAGUGGCUCGUUUAUCCCUACAGAUUUAUCGUUCCGGAAAUCUUCGUCUGCUCAACUGAUCCAUGUCCUUAUCAAGUUAAUUGCUUCGUUUCUAGACCGACAGAAAAAACAAUUUUCUUCAACUACAAAUACAUCAUCGGCCUGAUCACCUGCAUCAUCAACGUCCUUGAGCUCUGGUAUAUCGGCUGGAUUCGAAUCAGGCGAGCGUUUCAAGAAGAUCCCUCACCCCCUUACUUCGAUUCUCUCGGCGCUGGUUUAGACCCAAAUCGAACCCAAGCUGGUUCUGAAUGCUUUUCUUCGACUCACGAUUCUAUGUCGCUUCCUCCCAUUCCCCCGCCAAUGUCGAUUCCCGAAAUUCACGGGAUGCCGAACUCUGGCAUCAGAAAACUGUCAAAAGACCAGUUCUCUCCGCUCGAACCAAUUUCUGCCUCGACUGGAAGCGGUUCCGAGAAAACUGGUAGCGCGAGCGGACGGAGCUCUUCAAAGAACAGAUUAACAAGAAAACAGCAAGAACAACAUCAACGAAGAGCAAGUAACUCACCGAAAAUUAAGAUUGACAAGAAUCAAAGUCAUCGUAUUUAA